UGCAGCCAAUGAAUUAUUCUGUGGUGCGCUGCUGAGGGAGGGGAUAAGCUCUCCGGCACUUGGUGCAGAGAGCGAGAGAGAGCGAAGCGUAAUCCCAGUUCGCAGUUGGAGAGAGAGGUGUCAGCCGAAACAUCAAAUCCACUGACAGCGGCGGGAGAGGGAGUUUACACUGGGGCAGAAUUUGGCCUCUGCUUGCGCUAUCUCUCCAUCGGCUGUGCGAGUUAUUGAGUCAUAUUGGAACAGCAGCCUCAUCCUAUCCGGAGGAGGGAGAGAGAGACCCACCGCUGAAUGAUCCUGGCACGCUGCAACGAGAUCACAUUGCCGUUGAGUGGACUGUAUUAUAACUGAACCUACAUUGUCCCGAGAACGCUGUCAGACAAAAAGCGAACUCUGUACUGAAUUCCAGAGGCUUGGCUUCGAGCAGGACACGAUGGGCGUUCUGAUGUCCAAGAAGCAGACGGUGGAGCAGGUACAGAAAGCCAGCGUGGUGGUGUCGGCCUUCAAGGACGGGCUGCGGGACAAGCGGGUGAGCCGGAGCAGGGCUGAGCCUCCUCCGGGCAAGGUGCUGGAGGUGGAGGAGACCGGCCAAGGCCAGGACAAGGAGGCAGCUGGGGCCAGCCCCAGCCUACCCAGCAGCGAGGAGGUGAAGAGGAACCAAGAGGCUUGGGAGAGGCUGAGGGAUGGCAAGGGCAUUGAGCCCGAGGAGCUGGAGUGGAGUAACCUCGGCACCCCGCCAUCAUACAUCAGGCCCAAGAGGCAACUGGGAGAUGACCAAUCACUUGAUAUCAAACUGCAGGAGCGUGAGGAGGUGACCAGCGACGAGAUGUGUGAGAUCUGCGAGGUGUGGACGGCCGACGAGCUGUACCCCUGCCGGACCUGCACCCGGGUCUUCCACGACGGCUGCCUGAAGCGGGUGGCCCAGCUCUGCCCCGGCGGCAUCGAGGAGCUGAAGGAGACGGCGCACACGGCCAUGGGCUGGAGUUGCCAGUACUGUGAUAACGUGAACCUGCUGUUGACCGAGGAGGAAAUGUUCAGCCUGAAGGAAGUCUUCCGUCAGUGCAGGGUAAUCCCAGAGUCCUGCCUCACCUCGGAUGAUUUCCUCCAUUUCAAGCACUUUGUCCACAAGCAGCUCUUUGACGAGCAGAUGAACGAGGAGGUGGAGGAGCUGGCUGUGGCCCAGUUCACCGCCCUGGACGGCGACAAGAAGGGCCAGAUGGAGUGGACGGACUUCCUGUACCAUGAGUCCCUGCUGCUGCUCCAGAGAACCCGCUCACAGAACUCUCUCCUGCGCCUCCUGACUGCCAAGGAACGCGAGAGGGCUCGCAGCAUCUUCCGGAGCCUGGAUCAGAACCGGGAUGGCCUGAUCACAGCUGGCGAGUGUAAGAGGGCCCAACAGUCCUGGUUCUGCAAGAACACCAAGGCGUCGCAGUCCUGCAGUGUCAGUAUCAGCCAUGUCGAACCCAUGUCAGAGGGAAGCCCGGCAAAUAAAGGACGCGGGAGAGUCCAGGACAAGUCCCUGCUCUGCAAGGACCCAGAGGAGAGCAGGCCUGUCAACUGGAAAUCCUUCCUCAAGGAAAGUGCCAUCUACGUCCUGGCUGCCCGGCCCAACAGUGCAGCGAUUCACCUGCAACCCCCGGCCUAAACCAGGGGAGCUCGCUCUGAAGGCUGAACCAUCACUCCUCAUCCCUCUGUUACCUUAACCACUCCCUGAGCCCCCAGCCCGACACCACCCUCUCUCACCUCUUCAAACCUUCUCUCAGCUCCUCACCUCCCGACCUAAGCCCUCUUCCACCUCAUUCCGUCACCCCUAGCUUCGGCCCUCCAUCACCGAUUCCCUCACCCACUCUCCCUUCUGCUUCUUCAACCCCUCACCCUUUCCCUUCCUCCCCAUUCCCAUUCCUCCCAGUGCUCCCCUUUCCCUUCCCUACUCCCCACUCUAAUUACAUUUCCUCUCAUGAUAAUCCCUACCCCUCCCUCUCCCACGACUUCCCUUCCUCUGCCCCACGAUCUCUCUAACCCCAUCCCUUCCCCAUUACUCUCCCACACUCACCUUCCCUAUCUCCUCCUCAUUGGCAGCCCCUCCCAGUUUGUUCCCCCCUCGCCGCUCCUCUCCUGCCCUGCGUUCCCCACACACUGGCGGUGCGGGUGGGGGCGGGGGGGACACAAGCGACGGUGGAAAGAGACACUGGUGGUGACCUCUGCUCCUCAACCCUCCGGGUAUGGGCUGGUGGGGGGAGUGGACAGUAUAAGGUUAUUGGCCAGUCUCCCUCCCUUUCCUCGGCCUCACUGAACAUUGCUGCCUCAGUUACUCUGCUGUGAGCCACUGACAUACUCAAUACCUGACAUUGCAGGGCCUUUUGGGAUGGCUGGCAUUCCCACCUGACAGCACACAGCUUCUCCCUCGGUGAGAAACCUCAGCAUUUAUUAACCUGAAACCCACCCACACCCUCCGCCCACCCACUGAAUCCCCUCCACAUCCCUAAGGACACUCUCUCACCCACUGAGUCCCCUCCCACAUCCCAGGGACACUCCCCCACCCACCCACUGAAUCCCCUCCCACACCCCAGGAACACUCCCCCACCCACUGAAUCCCCUCCCACAACCCACUGACUCUCCCCCACCCACUGAAUCCCCUCCCACAACCCACUGACUCUCCCUCGUCACUGAAUCUCAAUCCCUCCACCUGUAACUCCCCAGAAGUGUUAUCCUCUGUAGUUUUCACAGGUAAUUUUGACCCCCCUCCCCCCCGCCCCGGUAUACCUAGCCAGUGAAAUAAAUCAGGGACAUAACUGAUAGAAUUGUUGUGUAGGCUGGUAAAGAUUCAUUGGACCGAAUAGCCUCAGUCUCUGUGAUUCAAAUGCCUGGAGACCCUGGCACCCUGACAAACUGUUCAUCCUGCCUGUCUUGCGUUGUGCCACAUGUUAUUGUGUUGGGCUUGUAAUGACAGCGGUGGGCAGGACUCAGCUGGGAGGUGGCGGGAGCAGUGCCCAUGAGACAGUGUGCUGGGUACAGAAAAACACACAAAGUACUGGAGGAACUCAGCAGGUCGGUCAGCUGGCAUUUGUAGAAAGGAACAAACUGUCAACAUUUUGGGCCAAGACCCUUCAUCAGGACUGGAGAGGAAGGGGGAAGA